AUGUUUUUGGCAAAUGGCACACGCAGUGUGACUGAAUUCAUCCUCCUUGGAUUCCCAGUCACACAAGGGCAGAAUGUGGCCUUGUUCCUCCUCAUUCUCAUCCUGUACAUUUUAUCCCUUGGGGGAAAUGUCCUCAUCAUUGUCGUGGUGAGGACUGACCACAAGCUGCAGACCCCAAUGUAUUUCUUCCUCAGCAACCUGUCCUUCCUGGAGAUCUGGUACACCACUGCUGUUGUCCCCAAAAUGCUCGCCAACCUCUUGUCAACCAGGACGACCAUUUGCUUCUACUGCUGCCUGGCCCAGUUGUUUUUCCAUUUCCUUUUUGGCCUCACUGAAAUUUUCAUCCUCACAGUGAUGUCCUUUGACAGAUACUUGGCUAUUUGCCAGCCCUUGAGAUACAUGACUAUAAUGACCACGCAAGUCUGCCUGCACCUUGCCCUGGGCACUUGGGUUGGAGGCUUCCUAUCCAUCUUCACCCAUAUCAUCCUGGUCCUGCAGCUUCCUUUCUGUGCUUCUAAUGUGAUUAACCAUUACUAUUGUGACAUUGGGCCAGUGCUAAAGGUGGCCUGUGGGGACACCCAGCUUAUUGAGUUCCUUGGCUUCAUUAUUGCUGUAGUGGUGAUAUUCAGCUCCUUUGUAUUCACAGUGGUUUCCUACAUCCUUAUCAUUGCCACCAUCCUGAGGAUUCCUUCCAGCAAGGGGAGGCAAAAGGCAUUUUCCACGUGUGCCUCCCAUCUCAUUGUGGUCAGUAUCCUAUAUGGGGCCCUUUUCUUCAUGUAUAUGAGGCCUGCCCCCACCCAGUCCUCCUUUGGCCUCAACAAAGCAGUGUCUCUACUGAACACUGUCCUCACUCCCACAUUAAACCCCUUCAUAUACACCAUCCGGAACAACGAGGUCAAAGAAGCUUUGAGAAAGGCACUAAGUGGGAAGGGGCUGAGGUUUCCCAAUAUCAGUGGGAUUGUUUGUUUUAGAAAGCAAUGCAGCUUAAUGCAGACGUGA